AUGGCGGAGGUGGCGCUAGCUGGUUUACGGCUAGCGAUAUCACCCAUCUUGAAUAAGCUCCUCGCUAACGCUUCAACCUACCUUGGCGUUGACAUGGCGAAUGAGCUCCAUGAACUGGAGACCAGCAUCAUGCCACAGUUCAAUCUGGUUGCAUUAGAGAUGUGGCAACAAAGAAAUUGUCCCUUUGACAACAUCACCGCCCCUCCAAAAGUGUUUGGUCGCGACUCCGAUCGUAAUCAUAUAAUAGAUCUUCUUACAAAUAAGGAUAACACAAACCGCUACUCUGGUGUGGCCAUUGUUGCUCAUGGAGGUGCCGGAAAAUCCACCUUGGCACAAUAUGUCUACAAAGAAUGA